AUGCUCUCACGUGUUGCUGCAGUGAAGGCACCCCGCACACACAACCGUCGCCGCGUGACCGGAUCCAGCGGAAGGAGGAGGGAAGGAAGAGAGAGUGAGCCGCAGAGGCUCAACAUGUCCCGGCAUGUGUUUGAUUCUGCGGUGCUGCUCCUCGUUGUGAUGAUGUGCUGCGGCACCUGUGGAGCUGCGGCUGCUGAGGGCAGUAUUCCAGGGAAUGCCAUUGAUCCGUUCACAGUGACGACGCCGGUAUCAUUUGCUAAUUGGAAGGAGUUUAAGGACGGAAGCAAAAUCACCUCGCUCCGUGUUCCUGGCCUCGUUAAAGUGGGUGAUGAUGUAUUUGCCGUUGCUGAAGCGCAGUGCGGGGAAAGGAAUGGAGCCGGCAGCUGUGCUGGGAUUUUCUCAAAGCACCUGGAUAUAAGUGAUGACUCAAUGGAUAUUUCUACGUCGGAUACAAGUUUGUUUUGCAUGCAACUUGUGAACACUGCCGCGAAUAGUUUUGGGACAACGGAAUUGUUGCGACCAACGACACUUGUACUUGGGGACAGUGUUUAUAUGCUCCUGGGAAACUACAGCCGUACAAAGCCGCAGGUUGAACGCACGAAUGAGAGGGGCCUUUUACUCGUGAAGGGAACUGUAGCUGUUGAGAGUGGAAACAACAAGAAACUUGUGUGGAAUGAGACCCAUUUGGUGAAGCCUCAAGGCAAAGGAAAAUCUGUUUUCUUGACCGAAUUUUUGGGUGGCGGAGGCUCGGGUGCUGUGUUGCGUGACGGCUCGCUUGUGUUUCCCAUGCAGGCCAAAGACAAGGAUGGAACGAGCUUUUUACUGUCCAUGAGUUUUGACCCGUCAGACAAAAAAUGGGAGCUUUCACGCGAGACGCCUGGUAACGGCUGCAGGGAUCCAACCCUUGUGAAGUGGGAAAAAUACGAAGGCGACAACGAAAGACUCUUCAUGAUGGCUCAUUGUGCUGGAGGCUACUAUGACGUUUACAUGUCCACUCCUCAUGGAGUCAAUUGGUAUACUUCGGGUGAGCCAAUUACCCGCGUGUGGGGCAACUCACACAAUCGAACAGGGUACGGUGUCCAGAGCGGAUCUACCACCGCAACCAUUGAGGGAAAGGAGGUGAUGCUCAUCACCGCGCCGGUGUAUCCAGAGGAGGACAAUGAAGGUGGAAAAGGUCGGCUCCAUCUUUGGGUGACGGACAAGGCACGUGUGUAUGAUGUUGGGCCGGUGUCUCGUGAAGAUGAUGACGCCGCCGCGAGCUCGCUGUUGAUAAAAGAUAAUAAUAAUGAGUUGAUUUCACUGUACGAGAACAAGAAAGACGGUGGAUCAUACAAUCUUGUCGCUGUGCGUCUGACCGAGAAACUGGAGCGGAUAAAGGAAGUGGUGAAGACAUGGAAGGAUUUGGACAACGCCUUGAAAACAUGCCGUUCCGGUUCCAGCGGCACUGUUGACGCGCUCAGAAAGGGUAUGUGCAAUGGUCGUGUUCCCACUUAUGGGCUUGUUGGCUUUUUGUCUGGUAAAUCAACUCAGACCGAGUGGAGGGACGAGUACCUCGGCGUGAAUGCAACAGUGACGAAUGGGAAGAGAAGGGUUCCCAAUGGAUUGACGUUCGAGGGGUCCGGGGCAGGGGCGGAGUGGCCUGUUGGCGAAAUGGGGCAGACUGUGCCGUACUACUUUGCGAACAACAAGUUCACUCUUGUGGCGACGGUGUCCAUCCACGAGGUGCCGAAGGAAGGCAGCAUUCCUUUGAUGGGCGUGAGGAUGAAUGACACCGACAGCACGGUGCUCUUUGGUCUGUCGUACACCCAUGAAAAGAAGUGGUUGGCCAUACCGGAGGGUGCUGGUGAUGCGGAUGAUUUUGUUGAGUGGGAGCCAAACAAGACGUAUCAGGUGGGACUGCGAAUGAAUUCUGAUUGUUGGAUUGCCUUUGUAGAUCGAGAGGAAAUUGACUGCAAGGGAUAUGAUGAGAAUCUGUUUGACUCGCACAGGAUUUCACACUUCUACAUCGGUGGGAGCAGCAAGGACCAAAGUGCAACGGGCGGCCACGUGACGGUGACCAACGUCAUGCUAUACAACGAGAAGCUGUGGGAUGAUAAGCUGUAUAAACUCAAAACCAGGAAAGUCAAUAUUCCAUCACUGGGUGUCGAGGAACAUCCCACAGAACAGGUGACCGGCACAGACGUUUCUGUUUUUUCCGAGUCAUGGAGUGAAGAAAGCGCCAGCUAUGAGGAAUUGAAUGGGGAUGAUACUGAUGAACAAGAGGAAGGAAUCGUCAAUGAUCCGGUGCAUGCAGCGCCCCCUUCCACGGUUGUCGCGGGAUCAUCUGUUCCUGAAUCCGCCACCGCAGCGCAGAGCGCAGAGAAUGACCGUCCAGAGGACAAUGCCCAGCUUUCCGAAGACAAAACGUCUCAGCAAGCCACAAUGAAUGAAGGAAAUAAAUCGAUGCAACAGGAUUCAGAUGUGCAGACACAAGACCCACAGCCAGCGGAAUUAACGGGGGUCACUAAUGUUGAAAUGUCCUCUGGAAGUUAUGCUGAAGAGCAGCCAGAGGAGGAUGGAGGAACGAAUGACCGGAGUGGCGGAACAACGUCUCCAGUAGCUGCGUCGUUGAGUAUGGAUACGGCCACUGCACCAGCUGGCGGUGAGCACCAAGUGCAACAAAGCACUGAGCCUUCCGCUGAAAACGACGACGUGCGGUCCACUGGUACCGGGACCACCGGCGCGGAGGAAAGCCUCAUCCUCGAGGCGGGGGACAGAAAUUCCGAGAGAACAAUGGGCUCAGACAGCAGCCUCACUCCUUCAAAGAGUGACGCCGAACCUACAACCGCGGAGGACGCCGACAACAUCUCUCGGACUGAGAGGGCCGAAGUUUCUUCUGAAAACGGCAAGGAGGCGCCACAGACGGUCGACACCGCACCGGGUAACACAAGCACAGCGCCUGGGGAAACCGAGAUCCCAUCGGAGUCCAACGCUACAACACCAUCAGACACUGACAUUUUGCUUGAGAACGGGCAUUUGAGCGAGUUGGCGGCCAUGUCUCUAAUUGCUGACAGCACCGUGCAUGUGUGUGUAUUUCGGGUGUUGCUGCUGCUGCUUCUGGGGCUGUGGGGCACUGCGGCUCUCUGUUGA